AUGUCGCCGAAACUAUUUAUUACUGUUUAUACUGCAAAAAACAUAAUACAAGAUUUGCAAAUCGCUACAAGGAAAGUUGGUCUAAAAAUAAAUUUCAAUAAAAUCAAGAUGAUGACAAAUUUAGUUCUUAGGCAGCCACCAAAUGUGGACAACAAAGAUAUUCAGAUGGUGGAGAGUUAUAUAUAUCUGGAACAUGAGAUAAAAAUUACUAGAGACAACCAAACAACAGAACUGUCUCGAGGAUGGGCUUCAUUUGGUAAAUUGCGAGAUGUGUUCAAGGGAGAUGUUGCAAUCGGUCUUAAGAGAAAAGCCUUUAACCAAUGCGUACUACUAGUCCUGACUUAUGACCUUGAAAUUAACAAGAAGAUCAAUACUUAA